CUUCACACUUUGACAAUUCAGAAAGGAGUAAUUUGUUAUUGUAUUCAAAUAGCUUUAUUAACUGGAUAUAUUUUCCAUCAAAUAAAUUUUCUUUGAAAUAUGGCAGGAGUAAGGGUACAAGACGAUAUACCUUUGGCCGAUGAUGAUCCACAAGUUAUAAUAAAUGACGAACCUGAACAAAAUUCUAUUUCGGAAGGCAAUUAUUCAUCUAGUAUGGUACACGGAAGAAGCAUGGAUUCUAUACAGUCAACAUUCACAAAUGGUAGCUCCAGUCCACAACCAAAUAGUUUAGAACCAGAUUCUAGUCCUGAUGAGCAAGAAGAAAAAGCUCGUCUUAUAUCCCAAGUCUUAGAACUACAAAAUACUUUAGAUGAUCUAUCUCAAAGAGUUGAUAGCGUGAAAGAAGAAAAUCUCAAAUUAAGGUCAGAGAAUCAAGUUCUUGGUCAGUAUAUAGAAAACUUGAUGUCUGCAUCCAGUGUAUUCCAGUCCACUUCCCCCAAAAUCAAAAAGAAGUAAAUCAUUUGGAUUCCGAAUGUGUUCAUGUAAAUCAAAUAAUAUAACAUCUGAUUAUUUAUUUUAUAUGUUGCAAAUUUUAUUAGAUGAAAAGUUCUCAAACUGAUGCAUUGUUAGUGACAGGGCUAAGAUUAUGAGUCAUAAUAGAAAAUUAUGUUAUAUCAGCACUGUUAUUUGGCUUAAUGAAUUUGAACUGAAUAUUUUAUUGAUUUGAUGGUCAUUUCAAGCUAUGUUGAAAUAGAUAUGACAUUGAAGUUAUUUUGUUUUUUGGGGUCUUAGCCAUUAAUAGAUAUUUUGAUAUUACAACUUGGAUUAUUGUUGAAAUCAAAUUUUAGGUUCUUCAAUAGUCAAGUGAUAAGAUAUGAUGCAUUUAAAUUAUCUGAUUCUAUGGAAUAGAAUGUUGUACCAAAUUUUUUUUAUAUAAUUUAGAAAAUAACUAAAAUUUAUAAAAAAAACUGGAAGAGAAAUUGAUGAUGGUGAGAAUUCUUCAGUAAUGUAUGCGCACUGUUAUCUGAAGAGGUCAUACUGAGUAAGGAUCAAUAAUGUUACCUCUUUUAAUCUGAAAUUUUGCUGUUGACAAUUGAAUAGCAAAGAGCCUUUCACUAUAAAUACAGCCUGCCUAAGUGUUUGGCAUUGCUUAUAAUAUAAAUAUUGAAUAAUUCACAGUGCACACUAAAUAACAAACUUGGAAGCUUCCUACAUAUUUUCAUAUAGUUUAUCCUUUUGUAACAAUGAAAAUUAUUAGUUAUCAAUAAAUUUAGGCAAAAUCAA